AUGAGCACAAUACAGAACAUCAAGAACUUUAUCCGGCACGGGAAACAAGCUCGCCUCGUGACUCCCCACUCUGAGCCCACCACCGACGUGUCCCCCGUCCACGCCGAGCAGCAGCCACAACCUCCACGCCAAUUCUCUCCCGCCCUCGAGGCCUUUGAUACAGGUGACACGCGGACCAAUGGUGGAAACGGUCCCACCGCCCAGCAGAAAACCGACGACGAGGUGAGGCGCGAGCGCUCCGUGGAAAUCGAACGGCUCGUCAAAGAGGAGAACACCUCUCGUUCCAAGAUGCCCAAGUACCCUGGUCUCGACCGGUGGAUCCUUGUGGAGAAGAUGGGCGAUGGCGCUUUCAGCAACGUCUACCGCGCCAGAGAUACGACUGCAGAGCAUGGAGAGGUGGCGAUCAAGGUCGUGCGCAAGUUCGAAAUGAACAGCAAUCAGUCCAACCACCUCCAUCCCACCGUCAAGAAGGUCCCACGGGGUGCGGAGGUGCGCAACAUGACUCCUAUACCACGCCACACCUCCAUCGGCAGUGGUGACUCGCGUGCUACUGCCGUCCCUCGAGCGAAUAUCCUGAAGGAAGUCCAAAUUAUGCGCAAUCUUGACCACCCCAACAUCGUCAAGUUGAUUGACUUUUCUGAAUCCCGGCAAUACUACUACAUCAUUCUCGAGCUCUGCCCUGGUGGCGAGCUGUUCCACCAGAUCGUGCGAUUGACAUACUUUAGCGAAGACUUGAGCCGACACGUGAUUGUACAAGUUGCGAAGGCCAUUGAAUACUUGCAUGAGACAUCUGGCGUUGUUCAUCGUGAUAUCAAACCCGAAAACCUGCUGUUUUACCCGACCGCCUUCGUCCCGAGCAAACACCCGAAGCCAAGGCAGCCAGGCGAUGAAGACAAGGAGGAUGAGGGGGAAUUCAUUCCCGGCAUCGGCGCUGGUGGGAUCGGCACGAUCAAGAUUGCAGACUUCGGCCUGUCUAAGGUGAUUUGGGACAGCCAAACCAUGACCCCGUGCGGAACAGUCGGCUAUACUGCGCCCGAGAUUGUGAAAGACGAGCGGUACUCGAAGAGUGUAGAUAUGUGGGCUAUGGGUUGUGUACUCUACACUCUGCUGUGUGGUUUCCCUCCGUUCUACGACGAGAGUAUCCAGGUGCUUACGGAGAAGGUGGCCCGUGGCCAGUACACUUUCCUCUCACCCUGGUGGGAUGACAUUUCCAAGUCGGCUCAGGAUCUGAUCUCGCAUCUCCUGACUGUUGACCCGGAGAAACGGUACUCCAUCAAGGAGUUUCUCGCACACCCCUGGAUCCGGCAGACUGACGAAGAAACCACCCCGGCUGCCGACGCUCCACCCCUGGCCACACCAUUAGGCCCGGCCCGCCAAGAUGGCCCGCUGCAUCUCAACCCAGUCGGCGCCGACCAAGCCCCAUACCAACCCGCCAGUUCCCGUUUCCAGGAUGCGCCAUCUGCGGCGUCAGAUCGCCGGAUGGACUUCCGCUCUCCAGGAGCGUUCAACCUGCGUGAGGUUUUCGAUGUCGGCUACGCAGUUCACCGACAAGAGGAGGAAGGCAAGCGCCGUCGGAACCGUCAGCAGAACGCCCGAAGUGGCCACCCGUUAGCUGGCUUCCAGUCUGCACUUGGCUCCCUGAACGAAGACUACGAUGACGAAUCUGAAUACCGGCCCCACGGUGAAGCAACCACAGAUCAGCCUCCCCUCAAGGUUGCCAAGUCCAACACCCAGGCAGGCGACGUCGCUGGAAUGGAAGCAAAGCUUCGCUCCACGAACCUUGGUGCCCAAAGUAGCGCGGCCCAAGCCCGGCAGGCCCACCGUCAACCAAAACAGCAGGGCUACGGACAGCACGACGCGGCAGUUGCCGCAGCAGCCAAGAAUGCCAUCGGUCGCAAGGCGCAUCAGCCAUUCGAGCUGAGCCUGGAGGGUGCGACGCUGCUCGAGAAGCGCGGGCGUCGCAAUCAAGGACAGCCAGUGGCAUAA